AUGGAUGCUGUAACGGCAGUUCUGGGUGCAUUUUCGCCAACACAGGCCGCAGCAGAAUCUGUCAAAAAAUACGACUCGGUCCUUAAGGACCAUGUCGCUGCUGUGAAGUCGCUAUUAACGAACCAGCGUCAGGUCAUCAAUGAUAAUACUAGCCAAAUUCUACAGGCUAUCGAUCCUUCAACCGAUUCUAUCGCAUUUCUUGCCAUCCUUCACAACUCGCUCUCGAGCCCAACUUCCCCGCCAGGCAUCGACCGACCUACUCUCCUUGACCAGACCCUUCGGUUUCUUCUCAAAUUCGAUCCCAUUCAGGUUCGAUACGUUGGGUUGGUAUUUCGAAAGCUUCUUGAGCAUGUCGCGGAAGGAAAUCUCUUCACGCCAGCGAUUUCUGUCGAGGCUGUAGCCAAUGCCUUGUUGCGGCUUGAUCCCACAGGAAGUAUGUUCACAUCGACUCACUUGACAUUGGCAAAGAUUGCCUGCCAGACCGGCUGGAUUCAGCCCGCCCUGAAGGUCCUGGAUUGCGACACUACCUUCUUCCCUGGCAUGGUUGGUCCCACGGACACGAGGUAUCUUUGCGAUAGCAGCCUACAUCCCUCGACCUUCAUUUCGGUCGACACUUGUCUUACAGAGCCAGUAAAAAGCUCUACUAUCUUGGAGUAUUACCAUCUUAGCGCCAAUUGUUACAUGACACAACGGGACUGGACGAAAGCUCACCGAGCCCUCGAGCACGUUAUUACGUAUCCUUCCAAAGACAAGGGAGUCGCGAAAAUCAUGGAUGAAGCGUAUAAGCGAUGGUUGCUGGUUGGUCUGCUCAAGGACGGAAAGGAGCCAACUUUACCAUCAUACACUGCUGCCCAUCCUAAAAACGUCUACUCCCAGCUGGGAGCGCCAUACAAGAACAUUGCCUCGCAGUUCUCGACCACAAAUGCAGGUCAGCUCAAGACUGAUGCUGAGACAAACCGCAAGACUUGGGAGGAUGACAGUACCUCAACGCUGAUUGCAGAGGUUAUUGCAGCCUACCAAAAGUGGCAGAUCAUCAACCUUCGAGAUAUUUACAAGCAAGUAUCGAUUUCUCAAGUGCGCCAAUUGACUCUCAGUGCAGAGACUGGCGAGAUUCUUCCGGACGACGAGACGGUAACACGUCUAGUACAAGACAUGAUCAGCUCUGGCCUUUUGAAGGGCGACCUGCAGCCAGGCAACAACGGAAACGAGCUCUUCCUCCAUUUCCACGACGACGAGGAGACAAUGACAGAGGCAGAAUUUGCCCAUGAGAUUGCUCUGCGAUAUCACAACAUCGAGAGCUUGGGCAAUCAGUACAAAGCAGCCAACGAGCGACUGAGUGGCAGUAAGGAAUACGUCAAGCACGUUGUUAAGGAGCAAAAGCGGGCCGACAAAGACGCAGGCGAUCCUGGUGUCGGUUUCGAUUCGCAGAUAGAAGACGAAGAUCUUAUGACGGGCAUUAUGGCACAUGGCUAG